AUGAUAUUUGAUGUGUCAUACUUGGCAGGAGAAUGUGCUAAUGACAUGUUCUACAUGAGUCCUAAGUUUUACGCUGGCAGUGCUGUUCCUGAUGCUGGUGGUGCUGCUGCUGACGCGAGCGGUGCUGCUGCUGACGCGGGCGGUGCUGCUCCUUACGCUGGCAGUGCUGUUCCUGAUGCUGGCGGUGCUGCUCCUGACGCGGGCGGUGCUGCUGCUGACGCGGGCGGUGCUGCUCCUUAUGCUGGCAGUGCUGUUCCUGAUGCUGGCGGUGCUGCUGCUGACGCGGGCGGUGCUGCUGCUGACGCUAGCGGUGCUGCUCCUUACGCUGGCAGUGCUGUUCCUGAUGCUGGCGGUGCUGCUCCUGACGCGGGCGGUGCUGCUGCUGACGCGGGCGGUGCUGCUCCUGACGCUGGCGGUGCUGUUCCUGACGCUGGCGGUGCUGUUCCUGAUGCUGGCGGUGCUGCUGCUGACGCGGGCGGUGCUGCUGCUGACGCGGGCGGUGCUGCUGCUGACGCUAGCGGUGCUGCUCCUUACGCUGGCAGUGCUGUUCCUGAUGCUGGCGGUGCUGCUCCUGACGCUGGCGGUGCUGCUCCUGACGCUGGCGGUGCUGCCGACUCUUGUGGGGCACAGUGGGAAGGAAGUGGAAUCAAGUGA